GGCCGGACGGAGUUUAAACAGGCGGCCGACGAGCUCCGUUUAACGGAGGAUGUCUUCAACAGCGCGUGUAGUUCAUGCAAGAAAGUUGUUGUCAGUUGUCAGUCACGCGCUGCUGGUGUGUCGCGCGUCUAAUUAACGCGACAAAUAUUGAAACCGUGCACGGGCAAAAGUUAAGGGAUGCCCUGCUGAGAAGGUCAAACUUUACUGAAUCUUUUUCGGGCUUUAACUGCAUCGGUAAAACAUUUGUGUAUGCACAGUAGCUUCAUCACGUUUUGUAGACACAGGUUAAAGCAAAGGAUUAUAACGUCUCUGUUUUGUGUCUGAUGAAGGCUAGCACUGUACGUCUAUGAGUACUUAUUACAUGUAGGAGCCCAGAAGUCGGCACAGACCUUCCUGUCAGAGAUAAGAUGGGAGAAGAACAUAACGUUAGGGGAACCUCCAGGAUUCUUACAUUCAUGGUGGUGUGUAUUCUGGGAUUUAUACUGUGCGGCACCUGAGAGGAGAGAAACCUGUGAGCAUUCCAGCGAAGCAAAGGCAUUCCACGACUAUAGUGCAGCUGCAGCUCCGAGUCCUGUCCUUGGAAACAUGCCUCCCGGAGACGGCAUGCCCGUCGGCCCCGUUCCUCCGGGCUUCUUUCAGCCUUUUAUGUCAUCACGUUAUCCAGGUGGUCCCAGACCCCCGCUCAGAAUACCCAAUCAGGCAUUAGGUGGCGUUCCUGGCAACCAGCCGUUGUUACCCAGUGGCAUGGAUCCAUCAAGACAACAAGGUCACCCAAAUAUGGGCGGGGCUAUGCAGAGAAUGACUCCGCCCAGAGGGAUGGUGCCUUUAGGACCACAGGGAUAUGGAGGAGGGAUGAGACCACCACUAAAUGCUCUUGGAGGUCCUGGAAUGCCAGGAAUGAACAUGGGUCCCGGAGGUAGACCAUGGCCAAAUCCGCCAAAUUCCAACUCGAUCCCGUACUCCUCUGCGUCUCCAGGGAGUUAUGUGGGUCCACCGGGAGGAGGAGGGCCACCAGGAACGCCCAUAAUGCCGAGCCCCGCAGAUUCGACCAACUCUGGAGAAAACAUGUAUACUCUAAUAAACACAGUGCCACCUGGAGGAAACAGGCAAAACUUUCCUAUCGGUCCGGGUGGCGAAGGUCCAAUGGGUGGAAUGGCAGGAAUGGAGCCACAUCACAUGAACGGAUCAUUAGGGUCAGCUGACAUGGAUAGUAUGCCCAAGAAUUCUCCUGGAACCCUGAGCAUGAGCAACCAACCCGGAACACCGAGAGACGACGGAGAGAUGGGCGGGAAUUUCCUCAACCCCUUCCAGAACGAGAGCUAUUCUCCAAACAUGACCAUGAGCGUGUAAAGACCUCUUUUGAGAACCCCGGAGGGUUCCACCACACGACAAGGAACUCGUGCAAGCGCGCUGUAGCCAGCCCUCUUCUGCUCUCUGGAGAAUAUGGGUCCAAGCCUCCUCUUUUCUCUCCUCGUUUUCGUUUUCUUUAUUCACAACGAUCCUCGGCGGCGUCAGAACCAAGGGUCCGUGUUGAAGCUCGUUGGGCGAGAACGACAACUCAACAAUCUGUCUAUAUUUACGUAUAUCUUUGUGUAUAUAUGUGGGUGUACAUUCAAAUUUACCUGUGCAUGUAUGAGAGGACAUAUAUUCAUCAUUGUACGGGCUUGAAAGAAAGCUGAUGGACUUGAACUGUAUGACUGCUCAUAUUUACUUUAAAUUAUUGAAACAUGCGAAGGGUCAAGUUUAUGACAACAUUCAAAAUUACAAUGAGCACGCUGUUACCGAUUUGUCAUUGAGGAGAAAACCGACGAGUUGUUACUAAUGAUUAUUUCAUACCGCAUACAGCCUUGAGACAUCUGUGCUCCUUUAAUGCAGCCUGAUCACAUCUCAAGGUUUUGUUUUUGUAUAUAUUUCAUAAAAGGAGAUUUAUUUAUCAGGACGAUGCCUAAGAAGAACAGCCAUUCGAUACGUACACUUAAAUAAAAUCCACAACAUCUUCUACAAAGUCUUGAGUUAACAUCAUUCAACAACAAAGAUUUCAGUCAUGCUUUGACAAUAUUAGGUGACAUGGAUUUGAUGCUUUUAUAUGACAUUUUAUUUGUUAAAAUCUUUGCAUGUGAAUAUUGAACAACGAGGAGGAUUUUAUGGAAAAAUUCAGAGGAAAGGCACAUGUAUUGGAAUUAAAACACCUGUCAUUUAAUAAUCAACUUAUUUAUAUAUCCGUUGUUGUGUCACCCGGAGAAACUGUGAUUUUGCUUUGCUCUUAUUUUAAGUGAAAUUAUUAUUGCAAAGUUUUUAAAAUGCGUAUAUAUGUGAAUUUUUUUAUAGCUUGGGAUCCAAUUCAUUUGUGUCUCUGUGAAUUAUUUAAAAUGAUACUGUAUAAUAACUGAGGUGUUUUUGUGUUUAUUUGUAAUAACAUCUGCAUUUCUUGCCCCCUGAAUUUGCCUGACUACGAGCGAGAUCCCAUUAUGCGUGUACAACAUUUUUCUUUUGAAUUACUGAGUCAUUUGAUGUUUCAUUUAUGAUUUUGUGAAGUGUUUCUUUUCUACUUUGUGUUGACUUUUGUAAGUACACAGAGAAGUUUUGGAUAUAUUGAUAUAAAGCUUCUCAUUGCUGUUUAA